GGAGAGAAAGGGGUUUGCUCAUCAGCGCUUUUUCCGUUUUCUGGCCGCUCGUUGUUCCUCCUCCUCCUCUUCCGUGUCAUUGGCUUGAAAAAAAGAAAAAAAGAGGAAGGAAUAUGGUUUGGUGUGACGCUCCUCCCGUUUAGUAGCGGAUCUCUGCAAACACGGACGGGAGACUGUCAAGGGGGGGGCUCGGUCCGGAUAAAAUCCGCCUGUAACACCUGAGACUAUCGCCCACAGUCCUGCAAGAGAAACAGCAGCACACCGGGGCACAUAAAUGGUGGAGGCCGUGGUGGAGUUCGAUUAUGAGGCUCAGCAGGACGACGAGUUGACCCUGACGGUGGGUGACAUCAUCAGGAACAUUCGACGGGAUGACGGAGGCUGGUGGGAGGGCGAGCUGGGCGGACGCAGGGGUCUCUUCCCCGAUAACUUUGUCAGGGAGAUAAAGAAGGACGGGAAGAGAGAUGGAGGACAGUCUGGGAUGAUUAGGUCGGAGCUCUCCAACGGCAGGGCCAGCCCCGUGUCGGAUACUAACGUGCGACCUGGAAAGAAAGGAGAGCAAAUCCGCAAGCGAAGAUGUAAGGCCUCCUUCAGCUAUGCACCGCAGCAUGAAGACGAACUGGAGUUGAAAGUAGGAGAUGUCAUUGAAAUCAUUGCAGAGGUUGAGGAGGGAUGGUGGGAAGGACUUCUUAAUGGGAAGAUUGGUAUGUUUCCCUCCAAUUUUACCAAAGAGAUCCUGGCUGAUUCGGACGCUCCCUGCCUGGAAACUCCUAACUCAUCGGAGGAGACUCGCCAAAACCGCACUAGCAAAGACAGCCCUGGCAGUGAAAGUGAUGGAGGAGACAGUCGGUCAGAAUCAGGGUCAGAAGUCCAACCUAAGAAGGUCCAGGGGAUUGGGUUCGGUAACAUCUUUAAAGACCAGCCCAUCAAGCUCAGACCACGCUCCAUUGAUCUAGAUUCAGAGAAGGUCAACGAAGGGAAAGGCGUGAACGUAGCAGCUGAAAGCAUGAAGACAGAACCUGACAGCAAAGCUAAAGUGAGGGAGCAAUGUAAGGUCCUUUUCCCAUAUGAAGCACAAAAUGAAGAUGAGCUGACGUUGAAAGAGGGGGAUAUUAUCAAUAUUAUCACAAAGGAAUGUGCCGAUGCAGGCUGGUGGAUGGGGGAGAUCGGCGGAAGGCAAGGCGUUUUCCCAGAUAACUUUGUCAAACUGCUUGAAGUUGAGAAAGAGAGACCUAAGAAACCACCGCCACCCAGUGCGCCUUCCUCUAAACACACCACAGAGAAAAAGUCAGAAGGGAAGAAAGCCCCCCCUGAGCGGCCUGAGCAUCCGCCACACAGAGACCAGGAUCGAGGUGAAGAGAUGAAGAUUGGAGAAAUCCCUAAGCCUUCCCUCCCAAUGCACCUUCCCAAGAAGCCCCACCCCCCAAAGUCAAGCUCCUCCUCCUCCUCCCAUCCCCCAAGGCGUCCAGAGAGGCCGCCUACAUUAGCGAGUGAAAGCCCAAAGUCUGAGGGCGGUGCUUCAACACCAGAUUCUGCCCCUGACAGGUCACAAGGCACCGAUUUUGACCUGGAUGCGGUCGUUUCUUCAACAGAGAAGCUGAGCCACCCGACGGCAUCGCGACCUAGAGUCACAGACCGCCGGCCUCGUUCCCAGGUCAUAACACCUUCCUCUCUGUCCAAUACAGAGCUGGAUUCUCCUACGGUGGAGGAAAGGAAGGACAGGAGAAAAGAGGACCAGGAGCCCGUCUCCAUCAAGAAAGGAGUCCCUAUCAUUCCGGUAGGGGAUGUUAAAGCCCCGCUGCAUAAACCCUCUAUGCUGCCCCCUCCUAACUCCGGCCAUCGCUCCAUCUCCCCGUCCUCCUCCUCGGGUCUCACCCCUUCUCCGGAGCUGCGGCACUCGCCGCUGACGCCGUCGCCGACGCUGGAGGAACUCAGGAGCCAACUGAGAGACUUGAGAGCCUCCAUAGAGAUGCUGAAGAUCCACCACAGGCAGGAGAUGAAGCAACUGGCCACUGCGCUGGAUGAGGAGAAGAGGAUGCGCAUUAGUUUACAGGUGGAAGUAGAGCACUUAAAGAGGAGCCUGUCCAAAUGAGGACUGAAGUAUCCGUAUCAGCCUGCUCCCAUCACGUCUGCGGCCAUAUUAAAUAACAAAAACGAAA